AUGUUGGAUGCGGGUUUGGGACUUCACAUUGAGUUGAGGAUAAGUCCAGCUCAAUCUGGAAAAAUCGUGAUACAAUUGUCUUCAUCUUUGAUAACAGUAAUAUUCAAUCCGUUAUAUACCCGUGCUGUCCUCCGAGAAAAAGAAGAUGCUCACAUAGCAGCUGCCAUCCAGUAUACGGUGGAAUGGUUGAAUCAGAGAGGUAUUUACGGUGAAGUGGAAUAUCUCAUCGAAUAUCUCGACGACGUCGAUCAUUAUAAUGCAUUGAAGAAAGCAUGUUCAAUGUUUGAAAGAGAUCGCGUCGUUUCGCUGAUUGGUGGCUCUCAUUCUCUUCUCAAUGCUCAGCUGGAGAGGCUAACGGAUCAGAUUGCAUUCUUCCCUCGCGCUCAACUAUUCGAAGCAAUCGUCGACCUAUUCCGGUAUUGGCGAUGGAAUCGAAUAACGAUUGUCUAUGAAGAAGAUGAUAGGAUACGCAGGAUAGAGCCAUUGCUUGAGAGUGACGCCUACUCGAAUAUUCGGUUUCAAGUCAUUAAAGUCCAAAACAAAGAUUAUAUGAGAGCGGCUAAAGAGGUGAAGGAAAUGGAGGAAUGCCGUUAUCAAGCAAGAAAAGACUGCAAUGACGUCAACCGAGUGCUGCUGGAUCUCAACCCUGAACACACCUAUAAUUUCCUGUUGGCUGCUCUCCAAAUGGGUCUCAUCGAUCUGAAGCACUGGUUUCUUCUCACAAAUAUGUACAACCAUGCUCGAUAUGUGUCACCGUAUCCAGUCGAUAGAACGUUUCUGAUCGAAAACAAACACAUGUUCAAUUUCACUCAAUUUCAGCAACAUGUUCGCCAAAAGUGGAACUUGAAGACAGCAAAUAGCAGAAAUCUAAAAAUGAUGGAGGCCGUGUUCACCUUCGACGCUAUCUACACCUUUGCAAACAUAUUCACAGACGUUUCAGCUGUGAUGAUGCUGGACGAUCUUCCACUGACCAUGUGUCGAAAACCGACAAGAAAUGCUCGAAGGUAUCAACAUGGUCGCACGCUGAUAGAUCGAAUAUUGGAGAACAAUCUUCGAGGUCUGACAGGCGACCUUCGCAGGCUCAGUGGAAAUGCAGGCAAGAGCAACUACUCGUUGAGAAUUCAAUUGAUUGGAUACAAUGGCGUUCUGGAAGAUAUAGGCUUCUGGGAGCCGGCGACUGAAGUCCACGUGAAUAUGAGCGGCGACUCGCGUGCUCAACUUCAGCGAAACGUCCAAGUGUCCGACGAACUCAAGCCACAUUUCCGCGUCACCACUAUAAUGGAAAGACCAUAUGUCAUGUUAAAGAAAAACCACUACGAACUGUACGGCAAUAUGAAGUUUGAAGGAUUUUGUAUAGACCUUCUUGCUGAGUUGUCGAGGGAUUUAGGAUUCACUUAUGCGAUUCAUGCGGUAGCUGAUGGUAAGUAUGGGAACGAUGUGCACGGGAAUGGCUCCUGGGACGGAAUGAUUGGUGAAAUUCUUAGAGGGGCGGAAAUGGCUGUGGCACCUCUAACUGUGAAUUUCCGACGUUCAGAAGUGGUUUCCUUUACUAAACCGUUUCUCUCACUUGGAAUCAGCAUCUUGUACAAGGUACCGGAUGACUACCAACCCGAUCUCUUCUCGUUCCUCAACCCCCUAUCAUGGCAAAUUUGGUUAGCUAUACUAGCAGCUAUAGUAUGUGUGACGCUGGGGAUGUACACGGUGUCGCGAGUGACGCCGUACGAGUGGAACUUAAACUUUUCGUGUUGCACGGCACAUCAACCUCACCCGGGUGCCGCCUUUGUGGAUUCGCCUGUGGAGCUUUCAAACAACUACAGUUUUUGGAACACAUUGUGGUAUGUGACAAGUACAAUGCUGAAAGGUGGAUGUGAUUUUGGUCCUCGGGCAGUGUCAACAAGACUGCUAGGAGGAACUUGGUGGGUGUUCACGCUGGUGAUCAUCAGCGCCUACACGGCUAACUUGGCUGCAGUUCUCACCGUGUCGCGACCGUUCAUACCGAUAAAAAAUCUCGACGACUUAGCGAACCAGACGACCAUUUCAUAUGGGACUAUCAAAGGAGGCAGCACUAUGCAAUUCUUCCAGGGAAGUUCUCACGCAAAAAUGUGGGAAUACAUGAAAAAUCGUGAUGUGUUCGUCAAAGAUAACAGAGAAGGUGUUGAAAGAGUAGUAAGGCGAAACUUCGCGUAUCUGAUGGAGUCAACAUCUCUCGAAUUUGAAGUGUCGCAAAACUGCAAUCUGACUCAAAUUGGUGGUGUUCUGGGCUCGAAGGGAUAUGGUAUAGCCCUGCAGAAAAAAUCUGAAUGGACGGAUCGAAUAUCUCGUCAGAUUCUACUCUAUCAGAAGCGAGGCAUAAUCGAAAUGAAAAAGUCAAAGUGGUGGAGGAGCAAAGGAGCCACUUGUACAGGGGCUAGUUCGGCCGUGAAGCAACAGCGGUUUUCACUCAGUCUACACAACGUCGCAGGACUUUUUAUUAUUCUCGGAGCAGGGCUUCUCUUCGGCGUGGUGACAGUCAUAGUGGAGUUAUUCAUCAGGUGCAGACAAAUGGCGAAGAAAGAAAAUAUUUCUAUUUGGACUGAGCUCAUAAGUGAGUUGCGUUUUGCACUCAAUCUGAAUAUUAUCGAACAACACCGUUCGAGAAAGAAGAACAGCAAGCUGAAUGGCGCUGUACCUUCGUCAGAUCAGCCGCCAAAGAAUUCGCCUGUACCACAGAUUCACCGGCAAUUCGGAGAGAAAACUAAGCCCUAG